AUGGGAGAAACUGUUGCUUUGUGUGUAGGAGGAAAGAUCGGAGAGUUGCUGAUUAAGCCAAUUCAACGAGAACUUGGUUAUUUCUUCAGCUUCAACAGUAACAUUCAAGAACUCGAAACUCGACUAGACGAACUAAAAGCAACCAGAAACGAUAUACAAAGAAUGGAAGAUGCAGAAAAGAAGAUGGGAAAAACUCUGGGUGAUCGAGCCCAGUUGUGGAUUGAGAAGGCAGAUGGAAAAAUUGUAGAAGCAGAGAGUGUUCUCAAUGAAAAGGCCCAGCUUCAAAAAGGGUGUUUCUCCAUCAAAUGGUGCCCUAAUCUAAUUUUGCGUUUUUCUUUGGGAAGGAAGGGGAAGAAAUCAUCUUUGGUUCUCAUCGAGCUUCUUCAAUCCGGUGGUCAGUUGCCGCAUAAAGGUCAUGCCUUACCUAUGCCGUCCAUAAAUAUGCGUGACUACAAUGGGGAUGCAUAUGAGUUCGAGAGUCGAAGUCAUAUUAUGGAAAAAAUCAUUGAGAUGUUACGGGAUGAAGAGACAAUGUUAAUAGGGAUAUGCGGGAUGGGAGGCACUGGAAAAACCACAUUCGCUAAGCAAAUCCUCCAAAAGGUAAAAGACUUCCAUAAACAUUUAUAUGACAUUCAAGUUAUUUCGAUUGUCUCUAGUAGUCCCAAUUUCAAUGCUAUCCAACAAGAAGUCGCAGAGAUGUUAGGAACUUCGCUUAAGGACGUAGAUAGUGUGAUCGUAAGAGCAGAACGUUUACGAAACACUUUUAAUAACAAGAAAGUUGUUGUCUUGUUGGAUGAUGUUUGGGAAGAGUUUGAUUUAAACGCUUUUGGUUUUCCAAUAACAAAAUCAGAUGCUGUUGGGUGUUGCUGUAAAAUUAUUUACACAUCUAGAAUUCAAAGUUUAUGGUCAGCUGAACGGAUCAUCACCAAACAAGAAUUCUCUCUUGACGUAUUGUCAAGUGAAGAAGCUUGGAAUUUUUUUACCAUAAAAGUUGAUUUACAGGUUGUUGAUAUUGAUUUUCAUUGGAAGAUUAAAAUAGCUAAAGAAAUUGUAAAAGAAUGUGGACGAUUGCCCCUCGCGCUUGGGGUUGUAGGUGGAGCUCUUAUAGGAAAAGACAAGCACGAGUGGAAGAAUAUGCUACUUCAAUUGAGGAAUCAUGGUCUAGAUCAACAUACAGACAAGAUAAAUAAGCAUUUCAAAGGUAUAAAUAACCUUCAACGGAUAAGAGUUCAUGUCUACACAUUAGUGGACAACCUAAUAAGGAGAAAUUUGCUAAUAAAGUUUGAAGAACGAUACCCAGGAGAACUUCAUGCGGUGAAAAUGCACGAUUUGAUAAGAGAUGUUGGAAUUUCAAUUGCAGAACAAGAAAAGAAGGGUAUUCAUUUUCUAAAGUGCGAUGGUGUGAACCAACUAGAGAAUGAAGUUACUCCACACACUAAGAUGAUAUCUAUAUUGUUUCAGAAUAAUAAUCUAGAAGUACUUGAUUCUAUGGGAUUUCGAGGCUCAAAAUUGGAAAUACUACGGUUGGAUAAUUCAUAUUAUUACUAUCCAAAUAUUAAAGUAUCAAGAAAUUAUUUAUUUCAAGGAGCAAAUAAUCUCAAAGUUCUUGAUAUAAACGGAUUUCACAGCGUGAUUAGUGAGUUUCCAUAUUCUUCUUCUUUAGCCAAGUUGAAGAUGUUAUCCUUAGAUGGAUUGAGUUUGGAUAUGGCAACCAAUGUAUCUUCCAUUAGAUAUAUUAAGUGUUUGGAAGUCCUUAGCCUUCGAAGUUCAAGUAUAAAAGUUUUGCCAAAUGAAAUAAGUGAGUUAACAAACUUAAAAUUGUUGGAUUUGACUAGGUGCAAAUGUUUCAUAAUCAAUGGUGUUCUUUCUAAGCUUACUAAUCUACAAGAAUUGUACAUGUGGAAGAGUUUUAAAGAUUGGAAACUACAAAAUGAAGACGUUAAUGAUGGAGACAAUCAUGCAGCAGGACUUGAUGAGUUAAAUUGUUUACAUAAAUUAUGGAGAUUGGAAUUGAAGGUACCCAACAUUGAACAAGUGCCGAGAGGUGUUAGGCUAUUUUCUUCUUCAACAUUGUUAGAACAAUUCAAGAUAAGAAUAGGAGGAGCAAGAGAAUAUAGUGAAUAUGAAAGUGAGGAAAGACGACUAUGGUUGGAGAAUGUUAGAAACAAUACUAGUUUCAUACAUGAACUUGGGGUCUUAAUAGAAAAGGACAUUACUCAUUUAUAUUUAUGUGUUGAUUCUUUCAUGUGGGAGAAGACGCAUAUAAACAAAUUCCUAUCCUUGAAGGAUAUUGUGCUUAAACAAUGUGGAUCCCUUUUUCCACAGUCACCGUCAUCGGUGCAGACUUCAGAACUUGGUCGUUGUUUGCGGCGUAUCGAACUAUAUAAAUGCAAUCAAAUGAGACACUUAUGUUCUACGUCAAUAUCAAAGAAUCUCACAAAUCUCAAAGUUCUCGUUCUCGAAGAAUGUGAAAUGAUGGAAGAAGUUGUUAGUUUUCAGGAUGACAAAGAACAACUCAAUAAAAUUGAGUUCAAUGUUUUGGAAACACUUAAGCUUUGUGAUUUGUCUAGGCUGGAAUGCUUUUGCAAAGUAAUCAAUGUGAUUCAUUUUCAUAAACUAAAAACAUUGGAGCUAAAAGAUUUGAAGAAAUUUAUCUUUCCAACCAAGUUGGAAAUACCUUACUUGGAGGAGCUGAGUAUGACAUCUAUUCUAAAUAUUGAAACUUUGUGCUUGCCACCAUCACUGCAAAAGUUGAAUAUUGAUAGGUGUGACAACUUUCAAUAUAUUGACUUCUCUAAUAGCAUGGUGUCUAAUAGCAUGGUGAUGAAGGUUAUUUCUAAUCUUAGAAAUUUAACCAUUCGAAAAUGUAAAAUGUUGAACGGAGUAGUAGAGUAA